GGUUGUCUGUUUAUAAUUGUUCUGUGGAAACUGGAAAUGUUUAUUGUUACUAUGAACAUAGUUUAAUAUUUGGAAUAUUUUAAAUUCCUAUUUCCUAAAUUAUUAAAGAUCGUGUUCAAAUUACCUAAAUACGCAAGAAAUACUACGGACACGACACGACAAACAAGUGCAGCUGAGUAAUGCCUAAGCUUUGUAAACAUUGCGGCUUAUAAAUUGGUAUGACAUACCAAACUUUACUUCUUAUGCUUUCAACAGUUGUGAUAUCUUAUCAGUGAGUUUGCCGGUUUGAAAGUGAAUACGUGUUUUUGUAUUUAUUAAAUAAAAAAAUGUCCGGGGAAUCUUCUGCUUCGACUGCGAAUGAAAAAGUUGCUCUCAUAACAGGAAUAACUGGACAGGAUGGAUCUUAUUUAGCAGAGUUUUUAAUUGAAAAGGGUUAUGAAGUGCAUGGAAUUUUAAGGCGCUCUUCAUCAUUCAAUACUGGCCGAAUUCAACAUUUAUAUGAAAAACCUGCUUGCUUUUCUGGAGGGCGUAUGCAUUUGCAUUAUGGAGAUCUAACUGACACCACCUGCCUUAUUAGUAUUAUUUCAAAGGUCAAACCAAAAGAGAUAUACAAUCUUGGAGCUCAAUCGCACGUGAAGGUUUCCUUUGAGCUCAGUGAAUACACAGCUCAAGUGGACGCGUUAGGGACCCUGAGGUUGUUAGAAGCAGUGAGGGUGGCUGGCCUAGAAAAGCAGACCAAAAUUUACCAGGCAUCUACCUCUGAGCUCUAUGGAAAAGUAGUGGAAAUACCACAGACUGAAAACACGCCGUUCUAUCCACGAUCGCCCUAUGCUUGUGCAAAAUUAUAUGGCUAUUGGAUUGUCGUAAAUUACCGCGAGGCGUACGGUAUGUUCGCGUGUAACGGACUAUUGUUCAAUCAUGAGAGCCCGCGUAGAGGGGAGAAUUUUGUCACGAGGAAGAUCACGAGGGCAGUGGCUAAGAUACAGCUGGGUUUGCUGGAAUGUUUGGAGCUGGGGAAUUUGGAUAGUAAGAGAGAUUGGGGUCACGCCAAGGACUAUGUCGAGGCAAUGUGGCUGAUGCUACAACAAGAGAAGCCGGAAGACUUCGUAGUGGCAAUGGGGGAGGCGCACAGUGUUAGGGAGUUUGUCGAUAAGGCUUUCGCGCACGUGGGGAGGACUAUCGAGUGGAGGGGAAGUGGGGUGGAGGAGACGGGGCACGAUAAAGCCACGGGACAACUGCUAGUGCGGGUCAACCCUAAGUAUUUCAGACCUACUGAAGUGGACCUAUUACUAGGUGACGCAAGUAAAGCCAAGCAACAGCUUGGCUGGUCUCCACGGAUGACCUUCGAUGAGCUGGUCGUUGACAUGAUGGAUGCUGACAUGGAGCUCAUGAGGAAGAAUCCACAGGCGUAGAAAGGAAACAGACUGUAUGUUUUGGUAAACUUGUGCAAUUUUUUUUAUAUUUUUGUUUUAUACAUGUUUUAAUAAAGUGUCUUAACAGUCAAUUGUAAACAUUCAGCAACAAUGGCCAUUUUAAUAGACUUUUUUUCUUCAAAUUAUUACAUUUUUGGUUAUAUUUAGCUUCUCUUACAUAAUAAGAUGUAAUUUUCCUUUAAUUAUACUAUAUAUAUAGUUAUAUUUGGUUAACUUUAAGAUAUAAAUGGGGUGAGACACCCGUACAAAAUAUUAAUUGUAUUUUUCGUAAUAUGGGUAAUUCUUAUUACGACUUUAUUGCUUUAGUUUAAGGUUUAAUUUGUAAGUCACAUUUUGUCUAGCGGUCGUUAUAUAGAUGAUACUUUGAAAAGUACUUUUUUGUUAAUUCUAUAAAAGGCCAUUACACAAUUAGCAAUUUUGCUACCGGUGUCAAGCAGCCGCAUAACGCUUUGUACAUUAUUGUAUUAUUAAAUAAUUGUCUGCACAAACACCAGGUUCUGUGGCUAUACCAUAGACAACGGAGUGAAACCAUAAUCAUAAAUUAUUUCAAUUCCUCAGUAGAGUUUGAAUUUGACAGAUGACAGAUAGUUCAUGUCAAUUUAUUAUGUUAAAAAUUUAAGAAAAAUAUGUUCUUGUGUCAAUGUAAACAGAAUAUUUAUCCAUGUCUCCACAGCAAAUGUCAAAUUCAUAUUGCUUUAUAUCUAAUACCACUCUGAAUAGGGUAAGAUUCUCAGUCUUGAUUUAAAUAUAGAUAUGUCAUAAACGUGUUGACAUACCGGAGUAAUAGUUAAGUCUCAACAAGUCAUAUAUACAUUCCAAUAAAGAUGGUUCUUAUAA